AUGGAGAUUGAGAUCAAGGCAAGCCAUAUUGCUUAUUCUUUCAUUGGUUUCCUCCCUUCAGGAGAAGGAUAUGUGGAUCUAUUACUUUCUCUUGUGGCUACAUUUCAAACUUCCCAUCUCACCUCCUUCACCUCUCUUCAUUUCCCUUCUGAUCAAUUUCUCCUCCCGGCUAUGGCCGCCGUGCUCCGCUCUCUCCGCCGUCGCGAUGUCGCCUCCGCCACCUUCUCUGCCUAUCGCUCGGUAGCACCUCCACCUUGUCCAUGCUUCCUUAUUUUCUUUAUUUUUAUCAUUUCCUGUUGUGAGGGUUGUUCCAUGUUACCUUGCUUUUCCGAUUUGAUCCGUUGUGUGGCAACUGGAGGAAUACUUUCUUACUUUCUCAUUGUUGUGCAGUUGACAGGAAACAGUAAGCCAGCAUAUGUAGCUCACAAGUGGUCUAGUCUGUCUAGACCAUUCAGUUCAAGGCCUGCUGGAAAUGAUGUCAUUGGUAUUGAUUUAGGUACCACCAAUUCAUGUGUUUCCGUCAUGGAAGGAAAGAACCCCAAAGUUAUUGAAAAUUCUGAGGGUGCUCGAACAACACCAUCUGUUGUUGCUUUCAACCAGAAAGGGGAGCUGCUUGUUGGUACCCCAGCUAAGCGUCAAGCUGUAACUAACCCGACAAACACUCUCUUUGGUACCAAACGUUUGAUUGGUAGACGCUUUGAUGAUCCUCAAACACAAAAGGAGAUGAAAAUGGUUCCAUUUAAGAUUGUUAAGGCUCCAAAUGGUGAUGCGUGGGUUGAGGCUAAUGGGCAGCAGUAUUCCCCUAGCCAAAUUGGUGCAUUUGUUCUCACCAAGAUGAAGGAAACUGCAGAAGCUUAUCUUGGAAAGUCAGUUUCUAAGGCUGUAAUUACUGUACCGGCUUACUUCAAUGAUGCUCAGAGGCAGGCAACAAAAGAUGCUGGUAGAAUUGCAGGUCUUGAUGUGCAGAGAAUUAUCAAUGAACCCACUGCAGCUGCACUUUCAUAUGGGAUGAACAACAAGGAGGGUCUCAUUGCCGUCUUUGACCUUGGAGGUGGAACAUUUGAUGUAUCCAUAUUAGAAAUUUCGAAUGGUGUAUUUGAGGUGAAAGCAACAAAUGGUGACACUUUCUUGGGAGGAGAAGAUUUUGACAAUGCUUUAUUGGAUUUUCUGGUGACCGAAUUCAAAAGAACCGAGAGUAUUGACCUUUCAAAGGACAGGCUUGCACUGCAGAGGCUUCGUGAAGCUGCUGAGAAAGCUAAGAUAGAGCUGUCUUCAACAUCUCAAACUGAGAUCAACCUGCCUUUCAUCACUGCUGAUACUUCUGGUGCGAAGCAUUUGAACAUAACAUUAACUAGAUCUAAGUUUGAGGCUUUGGUAAAUCACUUGAUCGAAAGGACAAAGGCACCAUGUAAAAGCUGUUUGAAGGAUGCUAACAUCUCUGUCAAGGACGUUGAUGAGGUUCUUCUUGUUGGAGGGAUGACUAGGGUGCCUAAAGUCCAAGAGGUGGUUUCAGAUAUCUUUGGAAAGUCUCCCAGUAAAGGAGUAAACCCUGAUGAGGCAGUUGCCAUGGGGGCGGCAAUCCAAGGUGGUAUUCUACGUGGAGAUGUUAAAGAGCUACUUCUCCUGGACGUAACACCACUUUCUCUGGGCAUUGAGACCUUGGGUGGUAUCUUUACUAGGUUGAUCAACCGCAACACUACUAUUCCCACUAAGAAGAGUCAGGUGUUUUCAACGGCAGCUGACAAUCAAACUCAGGUAGGUAUCAAGGUGUUACAAGGUGAGCGGGAAAUGGCUGCAGACAACAAAAUGCUAGGAGAAUUUGACCUUGUUGGUAUUCCACCUGCUCCCAGAGGUCUUCCUCAGAUUGAGGUUACGUUUGACAUUGAUGCCAAUGGAAUUGUUACCGUCUCUGCCAAAGACAAAUCUACUGGGAAAGAACAACAAAUCACCAUUCGGUCAUCUGGCGGACUCUCGGAAGAUGAGAUUGAAAAGAUGGUCAAAGAAGCAGAGUUGCAUGCUCAGAAAGACCAGGAGAGAAAGACUCUCAUUGACAUUAGAAAUAGUGCUGAUACUACUAUCUACAGCAUUGAGAAGAGUUUAGGUGAAUACAGAGAGAAGAUUCCCAGCGAAGUCGCCAAAGAAAUUGAGGAUGCAAUUUCGGAUUUGAGAAAGGCGAUGUCAGGGGAUAAUGUUGAUGAAAUUAAGUCAAAGCUUGACGCUGCAAACAAAGCUGUAAGCAAGAUUGGAGAGCACAUGUCAGGUGGUUCUAGUGGUGGUUCCUCAGCCGGUGGUUCUCAGGGUGGGGACCAGGCUCCGGAGGCGGAAUAUGAGGAGGUCAAAAAGUGA